UAUAUAUUUGCCAAACCACUUUGUUUCACCUUCAUCCUAGCUACCAACUUUUACAACCUUCUUCGAUCUCUUUCAUAUUAAGACCUCAAGUUUUUUCGAUCCCCAAGACAUAUAUCAUGAGUCGUUACGGUCAAACUCAGCAGCCGGCACCCGCAUACCCUCUACCACCACCGUCUACUUCCCCGCAAGCCUUUGUGGCUCCGCCGCCUAUGGGUUAUCCCACCAAAGACGGCCCGCAAUACCGUGAAAAUAAUCCUCCGGUGGAAACUACAUCCAAGGGUGACGGAUUCUGGAAGGGAUGUUGUGCCGCAUUGUGUUGCUGCUGUCUUUUGGAUGCAUGCUUUUGAGGAUGGAGAGAAUUCUAGAGAUGCACUACUAUUGUUUUCAUUCAUUAGUGAUUUUGUGCCAUAAAUAAAUUAAAUUCUUUUAUAUAUAUAUAUAUAUAUGUACCCGAUUCUUUUAUGAUAUUAUUUUCUUAGCUUCGUGGUGAUCUCAUCUUGUAAGAAACCACAUCUUGUGAU